GCGCUAUCGCCGUGGACCUGCAUCUUCGUCCAAAAAAAUACAGUAGUAUGUUUUUUCUUCGUGGUCGGAGUCAACGGAUUUUUUUAAGUUCAUACUCCACUUCGCUUCCAUCAAGGACCAGGACGCGCAGCACGGGAAGAUGGUCGACAUUGUGACAGCAGCCACUGGUUGCUCCGACGAGGUCGCGCAGCUGCUUCUGAGAUACUAUGGCGGAGACGAUAAUCUUCUAGUGAACGCAUGUUUGGACGAUCCAGGCUUGGCGCGGGCAGAUAAUCCCCUGGUUGCUGCGCUUCGGGCGCAACAUAAUGCCAAUCCGGUGAACAACAAUAACAACCACAACGCUCAGAAUAUUGCCAACGCGCCGCCCGGGAAUGCUGACCGCGACCGGGGCCAAAUUGACCGAAACAACGCCAAUGCGGUGGCGGCCAAUCAUGUCGCGGCGGCACCGGCCCACGCGGCCAACGCGGUGGCGGCCAACAACGACCAGCAGCAGGCCCCGAAGCGAGAUCCAAUAGUGCAGCGGCCUCCACCAGCGGUAAUCCAGGCCCAACCCGUGCCAAAAAGUUUGCCCGUUCAUCCAAAGAGUUCUGCUUACCCCAAAGGCAAUAUUCAAUUGCAGCAGCCCGAAGCUGCAGAAAAUGUUGGUGACGGUUCUUUUCCAGAUCUGGGCGCUCAUCCACGUGUUGUUCCACCACCUGGCGCUUCAGCAUCGUCAUCGUCUGGUGCAAGCUCGUCGUCCGGUUCAAAUCGUAAUGUGGACAGACCGAAUCCGAAUCCUCAGGUACCACUGUUUGGUGGAGUGGUGUCUGAUGCCGCGGUGAAGCAAGAAAAGCAGCUGGUAGAAGUGAAGGGGUCGACAAUGCCGGUCAGCGGUAUUCUGCAGGAAGACAUGAUGAAAAAGGCGAGUAAUCCCUUCGCAAUGAACAACAGUAGCAGUGCGUUAUUAAAGUUUAGCGAUCUGUUUCUUAAAAAUUCUGAUCGGCAUGGACAACAGGGUAUAGAUCAGUUGGCCGACCUUUCCUACCAGGAAGCGUUCGAGAAAGUCGGGAUGAAGGGAUACGGAAAACGGAAUAGUGCGGAUGAGCAGAACAAGCGAUACUUUCAAGACGACUAUGCCAGCGACGACGACACAGCGUUUAACAAAGUCCGCCCACUUGACCCCGACGAGACGAUGUCGACGCGCGCGAUCCAAUGGAACACCGACGGAGGGGCGCCAUACGAAGGUCGUCAGGUAGACGAACCGCUUGUGAUUGGCAGGGCGCCAACGCUCGCCAAUCCGACACUAGUUCGCGUCUGCGGGCUGAACGAAGCAGAGCGAGAAAGACUCGCAGCAUUUCUCACACUGCAUCGCGGAAUGGUUUCUCGCGCGAUGCUGGUUCGGUCGCUAUCGACUCCCUUUUAUUCCGGGCGCUAUCUGUUCGAGCGGAAUGGAUUUGCUUCCGCGGACAUAGGUUCACUACAACUCCUCGACUUCUCGUCGACACCGCUGCUGAUUCGGCAAGGUUUUGCGGCGACAAGGCCCGUCUGCUCUUCGCGGGGUCAUGUCACACUGCCUCAACUUUUUCAAGAUCCGAUCAUCAGCCUAGCGGCGGCCCUCGCAGGGACCUCUAGUCAAUCAUCUGUCGGAGCGGCACCCAGCAAAAGACCGCUUCUGAUGUCUGCGAUGCCACGUCCCGAAGCUAACGCGAGCGGCGAUUUACAACUUCACGGCGCGGACAGUGGUGACGAAUCAACUCUGGGGUUCUCGGUGACGUGGGACCGACAAGGCGGUGUCUUUCAAGGGAAAAACAUCAAGGCUGGUUUCCGCAACACGCUCGCGUCAACGCGGUUCCUCGGAGGGCCGCCGAAGCCGUUACAAUACGGCUGCUCCACUCUCUUUAAGCGCUACGUUAGCAAAAAGCUUGAGUUUGGCCGGUAUUUUGCUUGUGACGUAAACACAAUGGCGCAUGUCCUUUGCCCGCACCUAGUCGGGCUGCGAGUGCGGUAUAACUGCCAUAAGCCCUACACAGUUGCUCUCGGUACCGCCUGGAAGGACAAGCAGAAAAACUUUCUGUCCUUCGAGGUCCUGAAUGAAGUCGAUAAAGAGCCAUGGCGCGAUCACCUCAAUCGAUUUCACAAACCGGUCAAGCUGUCGUACGGAAUCCCGAAGAUUCCCCGCCACAAUUGGUUUUACGACUUCAUUUAUCAACCGCAAACAUGUCUGGGUCUGGAAAUUUGUCCUGUUCACUUAUACCUGCGCAGCUGAAGGGUCUGGGUCGUGGCCGCUUGUACGGCGUAAUAGGAUGAGAAGUUGUUUUCCCCAGCUUCUUGCGGAUUUAUUUGCAUUUAGCAUGUACAAACUGCCACCCCUCUCCAUGCGUCACAUAGACAGAUCUUGUUGUCUUUCAAACCUGGCAUGACAUCUCCAGACCCAAAAAUAUUUGCAAUGCAUAUCAUUCGAAUCAGUUCAACUGAAGACGUAAUGAAGCUCCACGUGGCCCGUGUCUUGGAGCAGAGCAUCCGAGAUGUGCGCUUCUUGUACCCAAAUCGAGAGGUCUCGUACACUUUCCAGAUUCGUAAAAUCGAGGAACUUGCGCAGCUGACCAGAAUCGGUGUCACCGGAGUUGAUGUCGAGUUCGAGAUUCCCAAUAACGACCACGACUUGGCUGCCACGCUUCCGACCGGCUGGAACGAAAAAUUUCCCUUGCGGCCGGAGCAGCUCCGCAGCCUGCGGUGGAUGCAAGGGCGCGAGCAGCUGCGGGAGUCGUACAGCGCCGACAUCGUGCGUGUCUUCCGGUUCGCUGACAUCGACGACUCAUUUCUGCAGGUGAACAUCAAGGUUGCCGCUCCUGUGUUUGGUGGAAUUCUGGCGGAUAAAGUUGGGUAUGGAAAAACGGCGACCACGAUCGGUUUGAUUGCCUCGAGCUUGGACGAAGACAACACUUCCGCUGAGCCUGGGGCUUUUGGCUUCGGCGUGGACUCGAAGGACAUGGAGGCGUUGCAGGCUAAUGAAAGCAACAGCGGACGAACAACAGCAAGUGAAAAGGAUGAAGCGAAAAAUGGAAAAGCCCCCGCACCAGCGCCAGGGGCGGCCUCAUCAUCAUCUUCGUCGAUGACUGGGUCGCAGAACAAGCGCCCGGCGGGCGGUCGUGCGUCGAGUGACUUGCGCUACAUCAUCGCAGAGGACGGCUGCAAGUUAAUUCGUUCGAACGCAACCGUUAUUCUCGUGCCGAGCCAGCUCGUCGGGCAGUGGGGCGAUGAGAUCGCCAAGUUUGACGCUGGGAAGAAGCUCCGCGUCCUUGUCGUCCGGAAUGUAACUGACAUGAAGCAACCGAAAAUCGCCUACGUGAACAACUACGACAUCAUCAUCUGUCCCUACCGCCUGCUUUACUCCGAAACAUAUCGAAUGAAUCGCAAGCAGCGGCGAGGAGAGGACAUGCAGCUCGCAGAAGGGAAGAAGUGCUGCUUGCUGGAGGAGUUUUUCUGGAAGCGAAUCGUCUAUGACGAGUUUCACGAGUUGGAGAGCAUGAACGGAGACCAAAUUGAUACGCUGCUGCAGUUCAAUGCCAGAUACGUGUGGGGUCUGACGGGAACCCCGCGAAUUGAAACGGUGAAGGCUGUUGUAGGGAUGGCGUCGCUUUUUCGCAUCGACUUGGUCGGCCUGCAAGAGGAGUCCCAAGACCUUGCGGACCGCAUCCAAAACGUGCUGACGACAGGCGUCUGGACCGCCAAAGACCUGUGGGACACCAAAGCCGAAACGAAGGUGCUUGAUCACCGUUAUCAGCUGGGUGCGAUGGAGCCCUGGCCCGUAGAAAAAAUGCGAGCUGGAGUCCCUGUGCUCGUGGAGCGUUUGCCGUGUCCCGUGUGUUCUACGCCUGGUUCUUGUUCAGUUUCUAAUUUUGCUGACGGGCGGGAUUCCAGGAUGAGAUUUACGACCAGCAACGCGACCGCCUUGGUUUCGUGUGGCUUUUGUCAGAGCUCAACAACCAUGGAGCUCGAAGUGGCUGCAGCCUCGACUGAUGACGAAAGUUGCAGGGAAUGUCACGCCAUAAGUCAUGCCAACAUCACGCAGCGACGAUUUGAAAUUUUGUCAGAGUCGCACUUCUGGGACUACUCCACCGUGCACUGGAGCCAGGCACGAAAAUUUGUCGAAACGUUCAUCCGGCAGAAUUCCGCCGAGUCCCUGCUGGCCGGUGUCGAGACCAAGGAGCACGUCAUCGCAGUGACGCAAUUUCCGGACGAGCGCGUUCUGUACUUGAAUGAAGUGAAUAACUUGAACUACGUGGAGGUUGGUUUAGUUGACAAAGAGCAGGACGACGGGCAGCAGAACGAAGACGACGAGGUCGGCGCUGCAGCGGCGUCGAAGAUGGACGCCGCCGGGACCGGCGCCUUGGGGAAGGAGGAAGCCCACGGACCGGCGCCGAAAAAGCAGAAAAAGCUGGACGAGAAUCUCGAUUUUGCUAGUUUCGUAGUUGCUAAAACGGAUACGAGGAGUCGUGAGCGUUUGAUCAAGCUGUGCUGCAACUUUUCGACGGUGCAGCGGGCAGAUAUAGGGAACGCGAAGCAAGAGAUCAAUCGGGUGUACGCGCUACACAAACGACGACUGGACGCUGCAUUGAACAAGGUGUGGAGUGCUUCGUCUACUUUUUCACUGUUGCUUUUCUGUGUUUAUGUUCAAGAAAGUGCCAUAUUGUUCAUGUUCAAGAUAAACAUAACUGGCAUUGUAGUUCACGCUGACGCAUGAGUAUGACAGAAGGCAGAAGAUCGUUCUCUUUCUUGAUGAAUUAACUCAAUGGAAGCGCCUCUUCAUCAGGUGACAAUCGCGAUGAGGCAAAUCGAAUGUGCGAAGCGGCUUUAUCGUCAUUGGCGAGAGGAAGGGGAUUAUCGGUGCACGGGAAUGGUCGACGAUCUUGGUUCUAAGAUUGCAGAAGUGAGGGCGCGCAUCAGUCCGCAGCAAGAGCCAGAAGGGGGGAAGCGUGACCUCCUCGAUGCUGAUAGCUACUUCUUGAAUCGGUUGGAGAAUCUGUUGCAGUUGCUCACCGAAGAAAAGCGCUUUCUCGACGUCUUCGGAGAAGAUCCGACGAAACGAGCGGAUCCGUUGCGGAAGCAGAGUCUAAAUGGUUUGCUGAACAGCGCAUUUGGAAGCGGUGCGGUGGGCGACCCCCGUGCUGAUUUGAUGUUUUCCCCGGAAGAGAAACAGUUUCGGCAACGUCUCGACCCCUACUUUCCGAAGCCACUUCCCGAUAACAUAGGAGAGAAGCUGAUGAGGCCGCUCAAGACGGUGCCGGGUAGACCCGGACACGGCGAGGGAAGUGAUGCCAGUGCGCAACUGAUCCAGCAGGUGUACCAAUUUGGAGUGGCGAACUUCAAGAAGCGACUGGGCGCUGAGCUGAAAGCAGCCUUCCAGCCAUUUUCGUUCUUCUGCCGGUCGUUGAAAGCGUUCUGUCGGUCCAGCGGAAAAGCCAAUCCCAAGGAAAGCGGUGGCGGCGAGGAGGCGCUGCAAAGCGGCGAAAACGAGGAAGAACCAGACGAGGCGGUGGAAUUCGAGUGUCCUGUGUGCAUGGGCGACGCGGUUCCGAAACCUGAUUACGACAGUGGGGAGUUUGCUGUCUCCGAUAUCCGAAUGACGCCGUGUGGUCACGCGUUUUGCAAGACGUGCCUGACGGAAGCGAUCAACAGGACAGGUAAGUGCCCGACAUGCAACAACCCCAACCUGAAGUUGACGGACUUGUGCGACAUAGCGGACGAGGCGGAGGGCAUUCGCAAGAUGGAGGCCGAGUACGAAGAGUUCGAAGCCGCAGCCAAUCGGGGCAAGGAAGUGGACUCGAUCGCGAAUAAGUAAGUACCCACCUAAGUGAUGCGCUGCAUUGAAGAUCGGCCCGUGUACCUUCUUGAUCGAGCUUUUAUCAAAUAGGCUUUUUCAGUUUCGUUGAGUUGUCCUUCUCGUUUCUAUUGUCUGCGUCGUUUCUCUUGAGUGCCGCUGUGCAUAGAUAUUCUGCUGCGUGAAACUUUUUGAGCAGGAGCUGCAGUGUUGACGACUGCGCGUAGCUAAAAAACUGAAUGUUUCUGUGAAGUAGAAGUAGUUUCUGUUUCAACGGUAGUUACCGUAUGCGUAUCACCGAACACACAGGCUGUCGCAUGGCAAGCGGGAGUACUUGCAAACAAGCUGGGGAAAGCUGGAGCUCUACAACACCGAGUUCGGGCAUGUCGAGCGGCACAGCAGGCUGCUUGCGCGCGACGAGUGCAAAACCUACAAGAAAUACGGUAGCAAGAUCGAAAGCCUGAUCAUCGUGCUGCAGAAGAUCUUGGAGGACGAUCCCAGUGCGAAGUGCAUCGUCUUCGCGCAGUGGAAGAUGAUCGAGGAGAAGAUAGAGGCUGCCUUCCGUGGGUAUCACCUUCCUUACACCACACUGUUUGGAUCUGCCGCGAAGAAGGCUGCGAUUCUCAAGGACUUCCAGGUGACAUACCCCAGAGGGAAAAAGAUUCCGCGCGGAGUGCCCCGAAUUCUCGUCAUGUCUUUUGAGAACAACGCCUCCGGUGCAAAUCUGACAUCGGCAAAUCAUGUGCUUUUUGCGCAUCCAAUGGGUACAUUGAUUCUUCACAACUUUUUUCUCAAUGAGUUUAGAUAGUAGUAGCACUUGCUCGCGUGGAUCGCUUUCACUUUGUGCAAACAUAAAAAAACUGUGGCUCCUCGUGGAGAACGCGCUGUCUUUUGUCACAGAAUCAAUACGUAGCAUACAAAUGAUCAAUGAAUCACUCUACCACAGUUGCGAAUACAUUUGCGAAAGCGCUCGCGUACGAGACGCAAGCUAUCGGACGGGCGAGACGGUACGGCCAAAAGAAGACCGUCCAUGUUUGGCGGUUUGUCACGCGCGACACCGUUGAGGCUGAGGUCGUUAUUCAGCACCGGCUAGCAACGGAGAAACGAGACGAGGCAAAGCUCGCCUUGGCGGCACGGAUCCAGAAGAAGACAAAGCCGCAAGCUGCUGCCCCCAGCGGAGCAGCGGAAUCUGCAGCUGGCGCGUCUUCCAGCAGCGGCAGCAGCAGUGAAAAUGUCGGGGAGGAGAGCGCAAGCGGGAGCGGGAGCUCCUCGUCGAGUUGGACGCAGAACCCCGCUUUCGGAACCUCCGCAAGCAAUGCCUUUGCUUUUGGGCUGAAGAAUGCGGCUAGCGCGUCAUCGUCCGGAGCGUCCUCGUCGAGUGGUGGCGGAAAAAGUAGCAGUCCAGCCGAUCUGCUUGCCGCUUUUGAUGACUUUCGACAGGCCGCGUCCGCCGUGUCUUUUGGUGCUAGUAGUAGCGCCAGUGCGUCUUCGUCGUCAGCGAAAAACGAUGCAGCCUCCGCACUUGCUUUUGCUCCGCCCAAAGACGAUGACCCCGUGGGUGGCAGCAUUUGGGACGUCGUCCGAGCGAAACUUCUUGAGGUAAAACUACUUAAGCAUUAGAGUUGGUUUUGGUUUUUAGUACUUACGCGAAGAUCCUGCAGUAAGGUAGAAGCGGAUACUUUCUCAUGUUCCGCUGCUUCGCUCCUUUGUUUGCAUCCAGGUGCGGGACAGCGACAUGAUAAAAAAGCACCGACACAGAAUUGUUUUACGCAACACUUCCACACAGGUCAGUUUAGGCGCGCGGGUCUUACUAGAUGACAUCAGACCUGAUAUCGCCAAACGUGGCUUCAGCGACACGGAGCUAGAGGAGGUGCUGACUAAGUUUGAGAAGCGAGGCGUCAUCACGCGGACUCUGGAUUUUUCCGGCCGCGGAAUCAAAACGGACAAGAUUGUCGUCCCAAUCUCGUAGAAAGUAUUUAAAAUUAUUGCGUGAUCUCCUGAAUCCUGAUUCGGAUUCCUUACAGAAUAUCUACACCAAAUAACGCUAAAUUAGUAUGUAUAGUAUCUAUUCCUUUAUCUACUCCUUCUCCUGACCAGUGCCAUCGCAUGUCUACCGUCUACCAAGCAUAGCACAGCGAGAUUUUUUAUAGCAAUUUUCUGCACCUCUACGUCACAAUCAAAAAAAUGAAGACGAAGAUGACGAUUAUUUCGGUUUCACUCAAAUUUGGUCUAACUGUAACUCAACCCUGUGAAUAGCUACAGCGCUGUCGCAUGCUGUAUCUAUUGAAAUUAGAUUUGAAUUUUUCCGUAUUCCACGUAGGUGUUACUUGUAGAAAUGUCGCAGCUUUUUCCUUAUGUUGAGCAUAAUAAAUCUCAGGAUAUCGAUAGUUCUUUUGCGUUCCUCUUGUUUGUAACUUGCACUAGUAGUAGCAACUUAUUCGCACCAGAAAACAAAAAUUAAUACGCAGUUGCGACCUCAUCUUCAUUUCGAAUGUCGCGCAUCAAAAAUUUGAAAAAGCGUAGUGUGAGAAACGGACCAGAAACGGAAGUAGAUAGUGCGUUUUUCACGAGUCUACGAUAACAGAAUUCUCGGAAUGAAAUUAUACAAUCGAGAAGAUCAUGCGUUGGUUUAGUACAAAAAAUUGCUUGUUGUAUGAUAUGAAUAUGUGCUGUACUAGAGGCUGAUUUCAAUUUCUAUGUAUCUUCUGGAACAAGAACGGCUCAUGGCUUGUCUUCGAUGAAAGUGACAAAACAAAAAACAAGAAGAUGAGCACUCUCAAUCGAUGCACUUGCAGGGUCCGACGGUGG